AUGAAUAUCCUACGUGGUUCUUCUUCAGGGCCAGCUAAGAGGAGCCGUCAAACUUGUCUUCCUCCUGGAUUGAACAGGCCUGCUACGUCCGCUUCUCUUCCUCCUGGAGCGACCAGGCCGGCUUCGUCUGCGUCUCGACAUCCACUUCCAAGCUUAGCUGCUGUGAUGAGUGCACCAGAGAGACGUAACAUGCCUCUUCUCCAUCCACAAAGGCCCAAUGGAACUUUAUGGUUUGGGAUAGACGAUUGCAUCCGGAAAAAUGUAGUGUCAACAUAUCAGUCAAACAUUUGGGGACCAUGGUGGACCUACAGAAUGGUGCCAGAUGAGAAGAAGGUCGCUUGGUGGACUAGUUUUCUGCAACAAUACUAUUGGGAUCCUAAGCAUCACAGUCAAGAGGAGCCACACCAAAAGAGGAGCAAAACGAAUUCUGAGAAUGCUUCCUCAAACCCAGAAGGUUUAGGCACUCACCGUCAUACUUCAGGAUCAAAAAACCACAAGCGUUAUGCUUAUGACUUGACUGUUAAGGCUGGUGGAGUAGCACCUCCAGUCACUGAAGUAGUGCGUAUGACCCAUACUCGCAAGGAUGGCACUUUCAUUGACAAAAGAGCAGAAGGUUUUGUGAAGGCUGCCGAGGUGGCAACCAAUGGCAAAGGGCGAGUUUAUGGGCUUGGUUCAAUUCAGGAUAUUGAUGAUGAACCAAGUGAGACUGCACCAGCAUCUUUAUUUACACAUGUGGCAGUUGAUGGACGCUUGACCACCAUGGAGGGUGUUGUAACUUGCUUGAAGGAUGAUGUUUCCGGCUUGAAGGAGGAUGUAAUUGGUAUUAAGCGAGGCAUUGAGGUUCUGAUGAAGAUGAAUGGAGUGGACCCUGUUACCUUUGAACCUAUUCAGCGUGAGAGCGAUGCAUCUGUUCGAACUCCCCAAUCAAGCCAAGAACUUGACCAAAAUUCUCCCGUACAUUAA